ACGGCUGUAAACGUAAAUCCGUGCGAUUGGUGGAGAGCUACCGGGUCGCAAGGUUACCUAUUCGAGUGGUGCAUAAAACAAGCCAGAAUGGAUGACGGCGGUCAUACUUUAAAGCUUUUUUUUUGGACGCGAAAGGACAUUUUCUUUGAAGAUGAAGCUGGCAGUCGUGGUUCUUGUGUAUGGGCUGAUUGUUAGUCAAGAUGUAGGAUGUUUAGGAGCAUCUCUGUCAGGAUUUUUACCUAAGCAGGAAACGGGUUCUGUCCUUUCCAGAAGAAGAGCAGUGGAAGACUUUCUGGAGGAUCCCGAGCUGUGUUUCUCCCUGAGAGAAAACGACACCCAGCAGUAUCUCCUGUGCAACGAGCGCAGAAACAAAUUCAACAUCAACCCGUUCGGCCUUCGCUUCGGGAAGCGCUACAACCGCGGUUACAGCUACAGCAGAGCCCGAACAAGUGGCUUUUCGCGGCAACUGGAUGUCCUGACCUGAAACUGAUGUGGACCUCGUCGUCCGACGUAGGACUACAAAAAAUGUAUUAUUAAGAAAUUGAAACACAAAAAUGACUUGAAAUGUAAAAUGAACAUGUAAAAGCAUGCUUUCUGUAGUGUCCAAGUUGGACACAAGAUGGCAGUAAAUUGCUUUUCACAGUGAACUCUUUAUUUUUUUAAGUUUAUAAAGUAGUUUCAUUCGAUUUUGGACAAGAUUAUUAAUCAAACUGCACUUUAAUAAACGAUUUCAACUUCA